AUGUCCCACGAAAAGAGUUUCUUGGUGUCUGGGGACAACUAUCCUCCCCCCAACCCUGGAUAUCCUGGGGGACCCCAGCCCCCUGUGCCUCCCUAUGGGCAGCCUCCCUACCCUGGGGCCCCCUACCCUCAGCCCUCUUUCCAGCCUGCACCCUAUGGUCAGCCAGGGUAUCCCCAGGGCCCUGCCCCCUAUCCCCAGGGCCCCUCCCCAUACCCACAGGGCCCCUACCCCCAAGGGGGCUACCCUCAGGGGCCCUAUCCCCAAGGGGGCUACCCACAAGGGCCCUAUCCCCAAGGAGGCUACCCACAAGGGCCCUAUCCUCAGAGUCCCUUCCCCCCCAACCCCUAUGGACAACCGCAGGCCUUCGAGGACCCAGGCUCUCCUCUGCAAGGAAAUUACCAUGAGGAAGGGCCGCCAUCCUAUUAUGACAACCAGGACUUCCCUGCUACCAACUGGGAUGACAAGAGCAUCCGGCAGGCCUUCAUCCGCAAGGUGUUCCUGGUCCUGACCCUGCAGCUGUCAGUGACUUUGUCCUCCGUGGCCGUGUUCACGUUCGUCAGGGGCGUGAAGGACUUUGUCCGGGCGAACGUCUGGACCUAUUAUGUCUCCUAUGCCGUCUUCUUUGUUUCCCUCAUUGUCCUUAGCUGCUGCGGGGACUUCCGGCGAAAGCACCCCUGGAACCUCAUUGCACUGUCGAUCCUGACUGUCAGCCUGUCCUACAUGGUGGGCAUGAUCGCCAGCUUCUAUGACACUGAGGCCGUCAUCAUGGCUGUGGGCAUCACCACGACCGUCUGCUUCACUGUGGUCAUUUUCUCCAUGCAGACCCGCUACGACUUCACUUCAUGCAUGGGGGUGCUCCUGGUGAGCGUGGUGGUGCUGCUCAUCUUCGCCAUUCUCUGCAUCUUCAUUCGGAACCGUAUCCUGGAGAUUGUGUACGCCUCGCUGGGCGCCCUGCUCUUCACCUGCUUCUUGGCAGUCGAUACCCAGCUGCUGCUGGGGAACAAGCAGCUGUCACUAAGCCCUGAGGAGUACGUGUUUGCGGCGCUGAACCUCUACACGGACAUCAUCAACAUCUUUCUCUACAUUCUCGCCAUCAUUGGCCGCGCAAAGGAGUAGGCCGUGCCACUGGCUCGCCAUGCCCCCCUGGGGCUGGCCAGGACCCCGCCCCUGGCAUGGCAGUGCCACCUGUACCUCCCCCCUCUGGUCCUGGGCGCAGCCUGGGGUGGAGGGCGCCCUCUCCGACCUGUAUGUGCACCGCAGACACUCUGUACGGACCCGCGUGGCCACGCAUGGCCUCUUGUAACCCUCCCGCCCCCGCCUGGGGUGACGGGCAGGGCGUCUGUGCCACCUCCUGCCCCUCACUGUUGCAUGAGCCCUGCCUGCCAGCCCCGCCCAGGGUCUGGGGGCAACAUCAGGUCCCAGGGAAGAGGGAUUGAGCCAAGAGAAGAGGGUGCACGUCUCCCCUUCUGUCCCAGCUUCCCAGCCUGGCAUAGC